GUCGCGCUGUGUUUGUAGUGGCCAAUCAUCCGUGUAGCAUGAGACGGCCAUCUGCCCCUUAGAAACGAUGCCACAUACGCCUGAAUUCCGGAAUACCCGCUGUUAUCGACCCUUGAACACUACUAAAAAGACCAUCUGUCCUGACAGACGCUUAUACAGACCCAAAGGAGGGAGCCGAGGUCUUCUUCGGCAGUAUGAACCGGCGCUGUGUCUCCCUCCAUGUUGCAGGAGAACUUGUGAGCGAGUGGGGGCAGGGUUGCGUGGAUAGUGUGAGAGAGGAGAGAUGCAAACACGGCACGGCUUUAUGGAAGAAACGGGUUAUGUAAUGCAAUAUCAAACUAUAUCGAUAUAAAUGUUAAUGUCUCAUCCUAUAUCUCGUUUGAAAAUAUAUCAAUAUACCUUAAAAAGUCGAUAUACCGCCCAGCCCAGCAUGAAGUUGGCUAAAAGGUCUCACCCAGUAGCACACUAUGCCAAGGUCGAAAGAAAUUCCAGAAAUGAUGAGAAAAAGGUGAUUGAAAUACAUCAGUCUGGGAAGGGUUACAAAGCGGCUCUGGGACUCCAAAGAACCACAGUGAGAGCUGUUAUCUCAAAAUGGAGAAAACUUGGCACAGUAGUGAACCUUCCCAGAAGUGGCCGACCUUCCAAAAACUCAUCCAGGAAUUUACAAAAAAGCCAAGGACAACAUCCAAGAAACUGCAGGCCUCUCUCGCAUCAAUAAAGGUCACUGUUCAUGACUCCACUACCAGAAAUACACUGGUCAAAAAUGGCAUCCAUGGAAGAGUGGAGAGGCGAAAACCACUGCUAACCCAGAAGAACAUUAAGGCUUGUCUGAAUUUUGCCAAAACACACCUUUAUGAUCCUCAAACCUUUUGGGAGAAUGUUCUGUAGACUAAUGAGUCGAAAGUGGAACUGUUUGAAUGGGGUCCCGUUACAUCUAGUGUAAAUCAAACACAGAAUUCCACAAAAAGAACAUCAUACCCACGGUCAAGCAUGGUGGUUGUAGUGUGAUGGUGUGGGGAUGCUUUUCUGCUUCAGGGCCAGGGCGACUUGCAAUAAUUGAGGGAAACAUGAAUUCUGCUCUCUACCAGAAAAUCCUAAAGGAGAACGUCCGGUCAUCAGUCCGUGAGUUGAAGCUCAAGUGCAACUGGAUUAUGCAGUAAGACAAUGAUCCAAAGCAUAGGAACUGAGGGGUAGAUGUAUCACCAGGAGCGAGCGCAGUAUGAAGAAAGCAGGCAGGCCAGUGGGGAAUAAGGCAGCAAGUGGAGGAGGUAAAGGUGACACAGUGGCAGCCGGAAGCUCUGCUGGCAAAACCGCUGUUAAGAGCCCUACCACAGCUCCACUCUCCAAGAUCAAAAGCAAUGAUGAUCUUCUAGCUGCUAUGGCUGGUAGCAGUGCAGGGACAAACAGCAGUGUUGCCAAGGGCAAGAAGUCAACCUCUGCUUACUCAACAUCCUCAACUACAAACACUAAUAACACUGAGAACAAGACCAAGACCAGCUCAGGCCCAUCUGGCAAACGAACAUCAUCCACGGCUGCCAAGGAGUCAAACUCAUCACGAGAGCAUUUAAGGAACUCCAGAAACUCAAGCAGUAAGAAGCAGUCAUCGACUGGUGGUUCUGAUAGAGCCCAGCCCAGGCAUUCCCGUGGACAGGCUCAAGCAUCAGACUCGGAGAGACGUAUGAACAAAUCAAAGUCUGAAGGACAGCUGAGUGAUAAAGUGGUCCUGGAGGCCAAAGUGAAAGAUCUGUUAGGUCUGGCCAAGAGCAAAGACGUGGAAAUCCUGCAGCUACGUAGUGAGCUGAGGGACAUGAGAGUUCAGCUGGGACUGCCUGAGGAAGAAGAGGAAGAAGAGAGGCCACCAGAGCAGCAGGUUGCGGCAGUGAUCUCCGCUGCAGAUGUGGAGUCAACAUUGCUUCUUCUACAGGAGCAGAACCAGGCCAUCCGUGGCGAGCUCAACCUGCUUAAGAAUGAAAACCGCAUGCUGAAGGACCGUCUCAAUGCCCUGGGCUUCUCCCUGGAACAGAGACUGGAUGGGGCUGAGAAAACCUUCAGCUAUCCCCCUAUCAGUCCUGACCCUUCCUCCUCUGCGGGCAUUGGAGGUCAUGGAGACUGUGCCACUGUGGCCUCCUCUGUGGAGGGAUCAGCACCAGGCUCCAUGGAGGACCUCCUGACAGGCGGCCAGCGAAGUGGCUCAACAGAUAACCUGGACAGCGAGUCCAGUGAGGUCUACCAGGCUGUCACCUCCAGUGAUGAUGCCUUGGAUGCUCCCUCAGGCUGUGGUUCCUUGUCCUCCUCCGAGUCUGAAGGUGGAGCUCCGGCAUGUCGCAGUUCUUCUCGUAAGGGAAGCAGUGGUAACACCAGUGAGGUCUCGGUAGCGUGCCUGACAGAGCGCAUACACCAGAUGGAGGAGAAUCAACACAGCACAGCCGAGGAGCUCCAGGCCACUCUACAGGAACUGGCAGACCUGCAGCAGAUAUCGCAGGAGCUAAAUGGUGAGAAUGAACGGCUGGGAGAAGAGAAAGUACUGCUUAUGGACUCUCUUUGCCAACAGAGUGACAAACUAGAGCACUGUGGCCGUCAGAUCGAGUACUUCCGGUCACUUUUGGAUGAGCACGACGUGGUGUAUUCAGUGGAUGAAGACAUCAAGAGUGGCCGAUACUUGGAGCUAGAGCAGCGUUACGUUGAGCUUGCGGAAAACGCUCGAUUUGAGCGCGAGCAGCUCUUGGGUGUGCAGCAACAUCUGAGCAAUACUCUGAAGAUGGCAGAGCAGGACAAUGCUGAAGCUCAAAGUGUGAUUGCAGCUCUAAAGGAACGCAACCAUCACAUGGAGCGGCUGUUAGAGGUGGAAAGGCAGGAGCGAGUCGGCAUGGCCGCAGUGCUGGAGGAGUGUAAAGCUGCGGUGAGCAACGAUCAGGCUGAGCUGAGCCGCUGUCGGGCCUUUCUGGAGCAGGAGAGGCAAAAGGUAGCAGAGCUCUACUCCAUUCACAAUGCUGGAGACAAGAGCGAUAUCCACCAGCUCCUAGAGGGGGUUAGGCUGGACAAGGAGGAAGCUGAGGCCAAGGCAGCCAAACUACAGGAUGAUCUGGGGCAUGCUCGCACUGAGGUGGCAUGUCUGCAAGACACCCUAAAUAAGCUGGAUGCCGAGUACAGGGACUUCCAGAGUGAGGUUCAGAAGGAGUUAGCUGAGCAGAAGAGGGCUUUAGAGAAGCAGCGUGAGGACAUGCAGGAGAAAGAGACUGAGAUCGGAGACAUGAAGGAGACCAUCUUUGAGCUGGAGGACGAAGUAGAGCAACACAGAGCCGUCAAACUUCACGACAACCUCAUCAUCAGCGACCUAGAGAAUUCCAUGAAAAAGCUUCAGGAUCAGAAGCAUGACAUGGAGCGAGAGAUAAAGAUCCUCCACCGCAGACUCAGGGAAGAGUCAGCAGAGUGGCGUCAGUUCCAGGCGGAUCUGCAGACUGCUGUGGUCAUUGCUAAUGACAUCAAGUCAGAAGCUCAGGAGGAGAUUGGUGACCUGCGGCGGCGCCUACAUGAAGCCCAGGAGAAGAACGAGAAGCUGGGCAAAGAACUAGAUGAAGUUAAAAACCGCAAGCAGGAUGAGGAGCGUGGCCGUGUGUAUAACUACAUGAAUGCGGUGGAGAGGGACCUGGCUGCUCUCAGGCAGGGGAUGGGACUGAGUCGACGCCCCUCCACAUCCUCCGAGCCGUCGCCUACCGUCAAAACCCUCAUCAAAAGCUUUGACAGUGCCUCACAGGGUCCUGGAGCUAAUGCUACUGCAGUUGCCACAGCAACUGCUGCCGUGAGCACAGCCACCUUACCCCGCACACCUUUCAGCCCCAGUCCGAUGAAGACUCCACCUGCUGCCGCUGUCUCGCCGAUACAGAGACACUCAGUCACUGGCUCUAUGGCUGCUGCCAAGCCCCUCUCCUCACUUACAGACAAAAGAUCCAGCUACACGGAUAUCAGCAUGCCAGCAGAGCAUCUACUCAGAGCGGCCAAUGGCAGUCGUCCUGCUUCAGCUCUCCAAAGAGUCUCUAACAUGGAAGCAUCAAAGGCCAUCACAGUCCCGCGGAGAAGCAGUGAGGAGGCGAAGAGGGAUAUCAUUGUUCCUGAUGGAGGUCCAGCUUCCUCUCUGAUAACCAUGGGCUCUGCUGCACCUCCUCUUUCGCUGUCCUCUUCCUCCUCCCCCACAGCCUCUGUCAACCCCACUGCACGCAGCCGGCUACGAGAGGAGCGAAAAGACCCUCUGUCGGCUUUGGCUCGUGAGUAUGGCGGUUCAAAGAGAAAUGCACUGCUGAGGUGGUGUCAGAAGAAAACUGAGGGUUAUCAGAUAAGAAAGAAAGUCAUAUGGGUUUUGAACAACAUGGAGAACAUCGACAUAACCAACUUCAGCAGUAGCUGGAAUGAUGGGAUGGCAUUCUGUGCUGUCCUGCACACGUACCUGCCAGCUCAUAUUCCCUAUCAGGAGCUCAACAGUCAGGACAAGAGACGAAAUUUCACCCUGGCCUUCCAAGCAGCAGAAAGCGUGGGCAUUAAAUCCACUCUGGACAUCAAUGAAAUGGUCCAUACAGAAAGGCCAGACUGGCAGAGUGUUAUGACUUAUGUCACAGCUAUCUACAAGUAUUUCGAAACCUGAGCACAUAUAUCUAAAUUAAGUGUCACGCCUCAGCACAACAAAUCACUAACUAACCCAAAUGCAACCUCCCACCACAUCACCCAGGCCUAACACUAGCACUAAGCAAGUCAAAUCAAGUUAAACAGAUAGCAAAGAACAGCUCCGUUAGGAUAUGUCAAUAUGACGUAGGAUACAUUGAUAUAAAGCAUCAUGGAAAUCCUACAUGCAGCAUCAGUAGUAUGCCUUGAUAAUUCCAUAGUGUGCUGGGAGACAAACACUAUAGACUGUCUAGUCACUAUCUCUUAAUUCCUGGUGUAGAUCAUCCGAAUUGUACUGCUGAGAAGCGCCUGUGGAUUUUAAAUCAGUUCACUUUGAAGGAACCUGUGGGGACCUGCUUGCAACUCGUGCCUUUCACCACCCUGAGUACUUGCUUCCAAGUGACGUGUUUGGAGCGAGUUCUCCCCCUUAAUUCACAACUGCAAAAAAAGAACUUGUUUUAAAAGAUAAGAUGUGUGGAUUGCUCAGUGAAACACUUUAUUGGAGAAGCACUUCAACAGAGAAGAACUGUACAGUAAUAUGAAAUGUUCAGUCACUAUAGCACACAUUCAGUAGUCUACCUUUAUAGAGGAUUGUUUUAAAAGCUUAUUGGGGGCACCUUUAUGUAUGACUGUGACAGAUCUUAGCUUGAAAUACUACGUAUUAAAUAGGGAGAUCAGCAAUAAGCUUAUGUAACUUGUUGAGCCAAUUCAUAUGAUGUUAUUGCUGCUCAAUGUUAAACCAUAAGAUACUGUAGUUAACACUAUAUUCAGAUAUGCAGGCCAUCUGCAUGUAUUGUCCAGUGUAUUCUUGGAAUUUAGCUCUAUAAACCAAUGCCUGAUAAAGUACACCAAAAAUGAAAGCUUUUAAGAUCCUUUUUUGUUUGUGACUCAGUUAAGCUACUCUUUCUUCUGUACUUAUAGUAAUCAAAUGGUUUGUUUUUUCUCAGGAUAAGAAAAUCGUAUCAAUAUUUAUACAGAUGAUAAUUAUGAUUCAUAAUAUGCUAUGUGCAGUAAUAUUGAUUCUGCAGAGCUCUACCAAGUUCCCUCACAGUUUUAUGUUUCGCAGAGCACAAUAUUAGUCUUUGAACACUUUGAAACAUUCAAAUGCACUAAUUCAUGCUGUAAAUGAAACUACAUUCCAGUGCAUUAGUAUGUACAGUAUGAACAGAAAUUAUAGAUGGAGAUUGGUUUCUGCUUGUUUGUUUGAGAGAGAUAUCAUAAGAAAUUGAAUAGCUAUCGCUAAUACCCUGCAGUCCAGCUGUGCUGAAUUCACACAUAUCUCUCUCUGAGUAUGAAAGACUGUUUCUCACACAUUUUUAAGAGCACACUCCACUCCAACUGUCUGCAAAUAACAUUAAAAGUUUUUAAUGGAUACAACAAGGAGAAAGUCAAAAUAAUAAUUAUAAAAUAGGAAUUUGUCAUUGAAAUGUGGAUAUGUGUCCCUUACUUCCCUUAAUGCUUUGAUUCUUUGAUUCUUUUAACAGAAUAUUUAUUUAUUUUUUCAUUCCUCAGGAUUGUUUCACAUUGUAUGAAAUAUGUCCUACCCGGAUUCCACUGUAUGUAACUAAGCAGCCAAUUAUUUGCUGUAGAGAGAAAGAUAAAGCGUCAGUUUUCCGGAAAGAGUUUAAGAUUCAUUCCAAACUGAAUGACACUGUUUUUAGUCUCAUUUGUGCUUUAUAUUUUUCUGAAAAACUGUCCUGUAAAUGUUCCGGGCUCAUUGAGUUUGACCGUUCCUCAGGUGUCCAGUAUUAGACUUCGAUUUUGGACUGACAUCAUGUGUUCAUUAAACAGCAAUGAAAGAUAUUUUCUUUAUAUUUGUCCCAAAAUACAGUGUCCGACCAAAUGUUCUGUUCAUUUUGAACCUCAUAUCUAAAUCAGCUCGGUUUUGUAAAACAAAAUGAGAGAAGUUAGACCUGUAUUAAAUUUGCAUCUUUUCAAUGUGCUUUGUCCAGCUUUCAUCACAUUAAUAUGAAUGUAAUACAGCAGAAGGCUUCUUCGGGUCUGUUGUCUUUUAGAUUGUUACAUUAUGCCAGAUGUUUUCUUUCAUUUGCUACCAUUUUGUCUUAUCAUUUCCUUAUUUUAUUUGUAUUGUGAGAGCACUAUGUUAAUACAAAAAAAGUAAAUGUAUUCAUUUUUUAUAAAUAAAUAAAGUGCAAUCAAUAUUGUGUUCCUCA